GGGGUUAAUAUAAACUGCUGACACAGAAUCUCCCCGUCAGGCUGCGAGGAGUCGUCUCUCCUCCUCUUCUGGCACCCAUUUCAGUCUGAUCGCCGACAUCCCCGAGUGAGCAGCUCCUGUUGCCCCGGCACAGAGGGUUCGUCUCCUGAGUUAACAGCUCACCUCCCGGUCUUGCCGCCGCGGCAAGGGCCAUGUGCCCCCGUUUCAGCUGCCCAUGUGCCUCGGGGCUGGGCUCGCCACGGCAACAGUUAUACCUCUCGGUGCCUGGACCGCUGUAGAGAAGCCCCGCCGCCUCGGGUGGUCGCAGCCGGGGGCCGGAGGGGCGUUAUUCACUGGUCAUGGAAUAUAUGUUCCGCAAGAGGAAGCUGCUCAAAACGCUGCUCAGCCUGUCGCUGUUCUUCGCCACCGUAGCCUUCAUCCAGAAGCUGAAGUUGGGUGACGGGGUGGGCCUGGGGCUGCGGGAGGCGGCGGACGCCAGGUUGAUCCCAGCCUGGCACGGUACCGAGAGCGGUCCGGCACGGACUAAUGGCAGCACUGACGGAGGCGGGGAGGUGGAGGUGGUGGCGGGGGCGGCUGUGUCCGGCAGCCCAACCGGUGUCGCCGCUCCCCGGACCUGGACCGUGACGGUGACCAACUGCAGCCAGAAUGAGUCGGUGCGUGGCCUGAGCUGGUUCUCGGCGCUGGACGCCAAGUUCCAGGCGUACGUGCUGUACCGCCACUGCCGUUACUUCCCCAUGCUGCUCAACCAUCCCGAGAAGUGCGCAGAGCCCACCGACCUCCUCAUCGUCGUCAAGUCGGUGAUCGAGCAGCACGACCGGCGGGCUGCCGUCAGGGAAACGUGGGGCCGGGAACGCAGCAUUGGAGGUCGCAACAUCAGGACUCUUUUCCUGCUAGGCACACCGAGCGACGAAAAGGAUCAGCGCAACCUGCAGAAGCUUCUGGAAUACGAGGACCGUUUGUACGGCGACAUCCUGCAGUGGGACUUCAUGGACACUUUCUUCAAUUUGACCCUCAAGGAGGUCAAUUUCCUCAAGUGGUUCGACAUCUACUGCCGCCGCACCCGCUUCGUCUUCAAGGGUGACGACGACGUCUUCGUCCACACCGAGAACCUGAUGGAGUUCCUGGACUCGCAAACCGACGGCCCCCAGCACGACACCCUCUUCGUGGGCGACAUCAUUUUCAGGGCACUGCCCAUCAGGAACCAUCAGAGCAAGUACUUCAUUCCCAAGCAAUUGCACGACAAACCCUAUCCGCCGUACGCGGGCGGCGGCGGUUUCCUCAUGGCUGGUCCACUUGCCAGGCGCCUGGUGGCCGCCUCGGAGAGCAUCGAGCUCUACCCCAUCGACGAUGUGUACCUGGGCAUGUGCCUGCAGAAGGUAGGCGUCGAGCCACAACUGCAUUACGCCUUCAGGACGUUUGGGGUCGUCAAGCGCCGGGUGAGCCCCAUGAAUAGUGAUCCAUGCUUCUACAAGAAUUUGGUGGUUAUCCAUAAACUCAGCCCCAAGGGCUUGCUGACGAUGUGGAACACUGUCCACAACCGAACCCUCAUCUGUGCCAAGAAGUAUUUUAUAAACCCAAAUGUGUAAUCUCACCAAAUAACUUGAUUCCAGACUUCCCUGUACAUUAGAAAUGUAGGUAUUUGGUGUAAGUUUGGAACGAAUUGUUUAGAAUCAGCUUGGUGUGUAUGGUGAGAGUUCUUCAGCUCUUAUGUUUUGAGUGUGGAUAAACUGAGUAAAGGUACUUUUAAAAAGUAAGAAUUGUAUAUUUUUGAAGUUUAUUUUUACACUCUGUAACGUCCACAAAUAAGUUAUCAAUUGGCACCGAGUUCUUUUAAGAGAGGAGACCCGAAUCAGAGGCUGAGAGCCACUUGUCUCUAUUUUUACAGAUGAAAACAAUAGCUUUAGAAGACUGGUUAAAUGUGAUUUGGAUAAUGACACUAGGUAGCACUUGGUGACAAGGAUAUAGGAGUAAAAUUAAUGUAGCAAAAAUGAUUUGCAGCUUAAAUGAUACUAAUUUCUCAGACUCCAGUUUGAAAAGGAAUAAUUUUAACUUUAAAACCAAACCAAAUGUCAGUCGUUGUUCCUUUCCAUUCCCAUCCCAGCCCUUUUAUAUUAAGAAAAAACUUCUACCAUGACAACAGGUGUUUGAUUUAAUAUAGCUCAAUGAUUGACUAAUUGUGCAUAACCUUAAUCGAAUCAAAUACUGUCUUAAAAUUCCCCAUUCUCAUUGCCCCAAAUCAGGAUAUUUUAUUACAGUAUUGAUUUUUGGCUGCUGAUGAAUAGCAGGAGUCAAAUUUCAGAGAUCCUGCCCUUGACUUGGUUUGCUGCCAGAUAGAUUGCAUCCUUGUUUCUGAUUUGAAAUAAAGGAUCUUUUUGACCUGAAUUUAAGUGCAAGAUUAUUGGUUCUGGUGCCAUUUCUAAGGGUAGGAGGUGAAGCAAGCAAUUUGGUGAUGCCUCUUUCUUGCUUCAGUUCAAAGUUGAGCUUUUCAACCAAAAGGUUGCUGUUACAAUCUAUUUUGGUAAGAAACUUGCAUUUAGAGGUGGAUUAUCGCCCUUGUUUUUUAUUAGGAAACUCGACAGUAGAUGUUCUAGUAACGAAACCACCAAGGUCUGUUGUCUGAUUAUAUUGUAAUGGUGGACAUGGUAUUUGGAUGAAUGUCAGUCCUUAACCUUUUAGGAAUAUAUGAAAGCCAUGCAGUGCUGUGCACAAUCCUGAAAAUAAUCAUUGGCAAAUGGCUAUUCCUGAAGUUCAUUGACCAGCAAAUUUGUAAAAUGUUUGCCUGACAAUAAUGGGGGGGGGGAGGGGGAGGAAAAAUAAAGGGAACCUGUAACAACCUUGUGUAAUCUUCCCAGUUUCUGAGCUAUAUCCUUUCAAGUCAAAUUUUUUUUUUUCUUCAAUGCUUAAACCUUUUGGAAAUCAUGAUCUUUAGAUCAUUUAUAAGAUCAGAUCAAAUUAAUAUAUUGAAUUAAUAAUUCUGCAAGUUUUUGAUAGUUUAAUAUUUUGUAAAAUGUUGUGCUUGUUUGACUGGUCAGGGCCAUUAAUUUCUGUCUUAACUUCAGGUGCUGCUCCAUGGUCCUGAUGAAGGAGCUAUGGAAUUGCUGAAGUGCAUGGAAUUUUAUAUUUGUGCUUCCGUCUGUCAUUGUUUCCAUGUCCUACAUGUGAAACUGCCUUAAUGAAGCAUUCCACAUUGAAGCAAGUGAGCCAGAAAAUGUGUGACAUGAUUUGUCAUGAUCUAUGGACAAAUGUUUGAAGCAUUGUCAACAAAUAGUCCUUCCAAACUGGCAACCAACCUUCUCUAUAUAAUUUAAUAAGUCUUUAAUAUUUAAAACUAUUUGUCUUGAGGUCCAGGAUUUUUGGCAAAAUUUGAAAAUAACUUGCAAAAAAUGUUUUUGUUUUGUUAGAUAUUAACUUUAUUCAAUGUUUGAGAAUCUUGCCAACAUAAUCAAAAUUUAACUUGUACUUCAAAAUGUAAUUAAUAAAGUCCAAAAUUACUUUCUUUA